CCGUAAACUUCCAUAAAUUGGCAUCAACGAACAGCGGAAACAAGUCAACAAACAUGACGAAGAGGGUUGCUGUUGUUACGGGGGCCAACAAAGGGAUAGGAUUUGAAAUAUGUAAGCAGUUGGCUUCAAAUGGGAUCAGGGUGAUAUUAACUGCUAGAGAUGCGAAGAGGGGCAAUGAAGCUGUUGAAAAACUCAAGGCUGCUGGAUACUCCCAUGUGAUUUUUCAUCAACUUGAUGUGGCGGACAAGGCUACCAUUUCUUCUCUUGCAAAUUUCAUCCAAACCCAAUUUGGGAAGCUUGACAUACUGAUAAAUAAUGCAGGGAUUGGCGGAUCCAUAAUCACAGCAGAGGAUCAAAAGAGCUUAAAACUAGAGUUUGAUAAAGUUAUAGGUGCAAAUCCCGGAUCCUUGGAGACAUUUAAGCAAACUUACAAAACUGCCUUGGAUUGUCUAAGAACAAAUUAUUAUGGGAUGAAGCAAGUGAGCAAAGAACUAAUUCCACUUCUUGAAUUAUCCAAUUCUGCAAGAGUAAUAAAUGUCUCCUCCUCCUUCGGACAGCUAGAGCGUGUCUCAAAUGAGAAUGCAAGAAAGGAGCUAGAAGAUGUAGAUGGCCUCACAGAAGAGAAAGUGGACAAUGUGGUGGAAAGGUUCUUAGAAGACGCCAAGGAGAAUUUGAUAGAAAUCAAAGGCUGGCCUGCAAAUUAUUCUGCUUAUUUUGUCUCCAAGGCAGCUCUGAAUGCUUACACAAGGGUUUUGGCUAAGAAGUACCCCAACAUUGCCAUUAAUGCAGUUUGUCCUGGCUUUGUUAAGACGGAUUUGAAUCACAACGCCGGCGUCUUGACUGUUGAAGAAGGAGCUAAAGGUCCUGUCAUGCUGGCUUUGAUGCCUGAAGGUGGACCUUCCGGCCUAUUCUUUGCUAAGACGGAAGUGUCAACCUUUUAAGUGAUAUAUAAUUGGUGCAAUACGAUGCGAUGUUGCUCAUUUUCAUGACACAUUUUGUAAUACUACUUUCUCUAGUUCUUGCAGU